CCUCACUCGUGCAGAGAGCAGAUUGCCGGGAGGGUCGAGCCUUGUCGGCAGGUCUCGUACACUCGUGCACGUGUGCAUAUGGAGCUCGGAUUUUAGACGCAGUCACGCUUUCUUCCCUUAUCCUCUUCUUUCUCCUGCUCUCCUCCUCCUCCUCCUUCUCCUCCUUUCCCCUCCUCCAGAACACCUUUGGGUUGUUUUCCUUGCCUUAUUUCCCUCCCUCUUUCAUCCUCUCUACCUUUCAGACUACCAUGUUCUGUGUGCUCAGACUUUUUUUGCAUUACUUGGAGAAUUGAAAGUGCACACGGGACACAAGAUGCUAUAGCAGUUUGGGCUCCAUGUCUCCUUCAGGGUCUGCUAAAGAAAACAAGACUCCACUUGUGGCAGGGGAUGACUUUAUACCUUGAGGAACCAAAGCUACCACUUUUUUUGACUUGUUCUCAUCACCAGGCAUUUGCUAUUUGAUACUGGGUUUUUUUUGUGUGUGUGUGUUUUUUUUUUCAAUCAACACAAUGUGGAUCAAAUUGUGCAAGCUUUCAGCACAGAUCUUUUUCUUGGGAGUGAUGCUCUCUGUGGUGGACGGCAAAGGAACUUUGUAUGGAGGCCACAUCAACCCUUUCUAUGGAAACAGAUUCAACCUCUACAAAGCUGGACUCAACCCUCACUACUCACCGAACAAGCCAAUGACCCGCCACAAAAACCAUUGUGCUUACAUGGUCCAGAAAAACAUCACCUGCAUCCUGCAGGAUGGAGUGGAAACCUAUGUGAAGGCCGAAUACACCACCAAGUGCAUCUGGGGUCAGAAAUGCCCUGUAAUCAUGUACAGAACAUUUCACAGGCCAACUUACAAGGUGGGCUAUAAGACUGUAACUGAACUCGAAUGGAGAUGUUGCCCUGGUUACUCUGGCGAAGCUUGUCACGAUGGGCCCACAUCGCUGCCUGACAUCGUAGGUCCCCAUCGACCAGGUGUUAAAGGGUUCCCUCAUGGGCCUAGACCCCCAGUGGACCAGAGGCCCGGAGGAGCUCCGCUGGAUCCGGGCAAAUUCUUCCCUGGCAUACAUUCAGGACAACUACCCAGUGGAGGUGGAAAACCUAAUUAUGGAGUUACUGGUGAACGUCUGGACCGCAUGGAACAGGACCUGCGUCGCCUCACUCAGGGUUUUGAAACCCUCCAGGGGGUGGUGACUGGCCUUGAGGAACGACUACGAACAUCCCUCCGUGAAGAAACCAAUAAGUUGCUGGUGUCACUGCUGCCUAACGGUCCAAGAUCACCAGACUCCACGGUGGGAUUUGGGGAGAUCCCCUAUGGGUCUCCUGAUGGUACCAUAACUGGAUUCGGAGACUUGGCAGGAAGAGUGACAGAAGUGAAGGAUGAGCUGCGAGCCAAGACUCACAUUUUGGAGGAGAUUCAGGGUAUGGUCCUAGGUCACGAUGGCCAGCUGAAGAAGCUGUUCCCCAUCACUGAUCCAGACUCAACUUCUUAUCUGGACGAGAUCUUAGAUGUCAAGCUAGCUGGUAUUAGAGCUGAGAUCCUCAAUGGCUUUGAACGCCGUCUCACUGGCAUGGAGAACCAUUGUAACGAGAAGAUUGGGGAGGUGCAGCGGCAGUGCCAAAGGGAGCACUUGGAUGGCCAAGAGCAGAUUCAGCAGUCUCUGGAUGGCAGAGAAACUGGGCUCAGGGAGGAGCUGGGCUCCUUGCAAGCUCAGAUUCAGGGUCUCACUCUGACUGAGAGCUGCUGUGGACAGGUGAACAGCCUGUCUGAUCGCAUGUUUCGCCUGGAAGAUUCUGUAAAAGAUUUAACAGAAUCGCAGAGACAGUUGCAGACGGCCCUCUCCGACCAAUCCAUUCACAUAGAGACCCUGGUGGAGACGCGCCUGGUGGACAUGGAAGGCAGACUCAAUGCCAGUGGUGGACUUGGUUGGGUUGACGGGCUUCCCAGCGGUCUGGAUGGUUUCAAAACGUCGCUUGAAGACAAGUUGAAAACUCUGGAGGACAGAGUGUUUGUGGCAGUGGAAGAACUAAGUAAUGCUACAACUCUGGCUCUACUGGAGGGUCAGGUGGUUCCUGCACUGGGGACAGAAAUUGAGUCUGUGAGGAGUAGAGUGGAAGGAGACUUAAAUGGAAUCCAGAAACAGCUUGAAGACCUGAAAGUCCUUUGCUCCUCCACCUGCGCACAGUUCCCCCCACAAGAGGGAGCUAUCACAGACCCAUUAAUAGAUGAGGACUGUAAAGGAAUGGAUAAGAAAGUUAUGGACCGUCUGGACUCCCAUUCUAACCACCUAAACCAUCUUAACAACACCUUGAACAACCUGCUACUCCGCAUUGCUCAGGAGGAAACAGAGGGCUCCAUUCAGGGAGAGAUCACCCUACUAAAGGUCAACAUCAACUCUGUGAACCGCACUCUGAAGGGCCUAAAGGACUCCAUUAGCUUUAUUGCAACUGAAGUGGGCCAUGCCAACUCCUCGUGGGAGGAGAGGGAGCAUCAAAUUGUCAACCAGGUUCAAGGAAUCACCAAACUCAUGGGUCAUCAGGCUUCUCUUCUUGGAGCUAGUGAAAGGCGACUGGCAGAGCUUAGAGGUGAGCUAGGAGCGCUAAAGAGACAGUUGUCAGGGGGGCUACAAGGCUGCCGCAGCACAGCAAUGGAGGUGCAGAAAGAGGUAAAGGUCGUUGACAGUAGGGUAAGCCAGGUUGAGAACCAGUGUAGCAGCCUUAGGGAACUUGCAGAGAACCUGGAAAGGAUCAGGGGAGAGCUGGAGAAACACUCUGCCGCCUUACUGAGCCAGGUUAACGGCACGCUAAUCAUUCAUUCAGAGCAGCCAGAGGACCUGAAAGUCCAAGACUUUGCAUCCAAGGAUGCCACCAACCAAAACAAUGACCAGUAGCAUUUAAGCUACAGCUUUUGUAAGAAAGACUCCCUGUAUGUGUGCUUCUGACCAGGCUUAAGUGCCUAAGAUUUUUCUUCUGCCUCUCUUGUUCAAAUGAUAUCUGCACAAAUGCAAAUUAACUCAACCGGCGAAGUUAUCUCCCCUAAGCAUCCAUUUCCAGUGCCUACAGAUCCGCCAAGCAUAGCAGCGAAAAAAGGACUUCUCUGUGGUUGUGUAACCUGUUUAUUUUAUAGGGCAUUUGUUAUUUUUCUUGAUUACGAUCGUAUAUCUUUCUACCAUUUUAACUUAUAUGAAGUGACUGCAUAAAGAUGAUUUUAAAAUGUUGUUAUGGAGAGCUAACAAAAGAGAAAAUGCUGCUACAGGUUUCUGCUGACAAGCAUACCUGACAUCCUCCGUGUGGAUAUUAGCCUUUUUUUUUUCUUUUUUACAAAUACUGUAUGCCAACUUGGUGCUAUGUACAUUUUUAAAAUCUCUGUUUUAAAGGUGUUUAAGGAUGGCUUACAUACGUAUCUGCUUGAGGAGUUGUCCGUGUUUCCUGCCACAUUGCUCUGAAUUACAGCAAAGUUCCAUGAUUAACCAUUAGGGGACAGUGAGAACACAUUACAUGGCAUUAAAAUCAAAGAGAAAUAAAACCACAAUGUUCAAGACUGGUGUUUUUGUUGUUGUUUUUAGGGCCCCUUCUCCUCAGAAGUCCUGUCAGCACUUUUCUUUAAGACAGUUUAUUAAGUUGAAUUUGUUGCAACUGUUUAACCAUGUAGAAGAAAGCGUUCAUAUCAUUGUGUGGGUUGAAUAAAAAAUAAACUAUG